AUGGUCGCAUGCGAUCAGUGCCAUACGUGGGAGCACUUGGGAUGUGCAGGUGUGACCGAAGCAAUAACUGAGCUCCCAUAUACUUGCCAAGAGUGUACGUUAGGUGAAUCGGCUAGAGCAGCUGUCCGUCAGCUUCUAAAACCCCCAAAACCGGAAGGGAAAACUGCCAAAACAUCGAAUAAAAGCGUGGGGUCGAAAAGAAGCAAGAAAACCGUGGCUCCUGUACCAGAAAGCGUAACUUCCAGCACUCGCGCUGCUCUACUCGAAGCGCAAAUGAAAUUACUGGAGGAAGAGCAGCAGAUGAAAGAACAAGCAGUUAAGGAACAAGCUGCUCUGAGGACCCGAGAAAUGGCAGAGAAGCAGCGCCAGAUAGCUGAGAUGAAAUUGCUGAUGGAGGAGGAAAAACGGCUGCGAGAGCUGAAACUUCAGGAUGAAAAAGCCUUUCAAGCAAAGCAACAGUUGAUUCGGCAGGAGUCGCUGGAACAAAAACGACAACUCCUUCAUCAAAUAGCAGCGAGUAGCAAGGCUGAAUCGACACCCGGGUCAAUUAUCAGUUCGAAGGAAAAAGUCUCAGCAUGGCUGAAUAACCAACACGGUGGAGGAUCAAAGGGGAAGAUUUCGGGAGACAAUAGCGAAAACGGCUCGAAAUCUCAGGUGGUCCCCAAAGACCCACCAGGAAGCACGAUCAACGGGCGGGCUGAUUCCGAUCGAAUCCGGGAAAGUCCGCAUCACCUCUCAUCAAUUUCUAACCGCGAGAGUCACCAACAUGAUGCUUCCUCUAAUUUGGUCGUACAAUCACCCAUCCCCCAACAACAUUCAUACCCGACUGCUCAAGCUAGACCCGGAGGUCAUCCCACGAUGCUGGGUACGCAGCAAAUCGCUGCUCGUCAAGUAUUGGGAAAGGAAUUACCAACGUUUAGCGGACAUCCCGAAGACUGGCCCAUCUUUAUUAGUAGCUUCGAGCAAUCGACUGCUACUUGCGGCUUUUCCGAGGCGGAAAAUUUAAUACGCCUGCAGCGAAGCCUGAAAGGCUUCGCACUUGAAUCUGUUCGAAGUAGCCUACUACUACCGUCGGGAGUACCGCAUGUGAUUCAAAUACUGCGAACGCUUUAUGGGAGGCCGGAGCUACUCAUUCGGUCGCUGCUCGAAAAAAUAAAAUGUGUGCCAGCCCCGAGACAUGAUCGGCUGGAGACCAUAAUGGAGUUUGGACUAGCUGUUCAAAAUCUCGUUGACCACCUCGCCGCUGCACAACAAGAAAGUCAUCUCUCAAACCCAGUACUGAUGCAGGAACUGGUAGAAAAACUGCCGGGAUCACUUAGACUGGAUUGGGCCGUUUACAAAAACCGAGAUGCCGUGCCUACACUGCGGACGUUUGGCAGCUUUAUGUCGCGAUUGGUUACAGCGGCAAGCGAGGUAACAUUUGAUCUGCCAUGCAUCGGUACAACUAACAAAGGCGACAGGCCGAGGGCAAGGGCUCAUAUUCAAACUCACUCGGUCGAUUCUGCGUCUUCCCCUCCCAGCACGAACUCAUUUGCCACGAAUCGUAAGCCAGGUCGUCCAUGUGCUGUGUGUGAUCGCGAAGGUCAUCGUGUGGCUGAAUGCAGCAAAUUCAAUACAAUGUCUGUAGAUCAGCGCUGGCAAUUAAUCCAACAAAAGGGGCUGUGUCGGACCUGUUUGAAUAGUCACGGCAAGUGGCCAUGUCGAUCAUGGCAAGGAUGCAAUAUAGAAAAUUGUCGCCUUAAGCAUAACUCUCUCCUUCAUCAAUCUUCGUCCACUUCCUAUCCAAUAAACGGGUCUGCAACCGUGCCUUAUUCCUCCGAGACUAUGUUUCCUGUUUUUCGCAUGAUUCCAGUGGUCUUAUACGGGCAGGAGCGAGCCAUAACGAUCUUUGCUUUCAUCGAUGAAGGAUCUUCGCUCACUCUGCUAGAAAAAACAGUCGCUGAACAGCUAGGCGUGACCGGACAAUCAGAACCACUGACUCUGAGAUGGACAGGAAACGUUACGCGCGAGGAAUCACUAUCCCAAAGGGUGCAAUUGAAAAUUGCAGGAAUGUCGGGUAGAACUAGACACAAGCUCGUUAAUGCCCGCACAGUCACUAGCCUUAUCCUACCUUCUCAAGCAUUAAGGUAUCGUGAGCUAGCACAGAUGUUCCCUCAUCUACGAGGGCUUCCGCUUGAGGACUAUGAGCUUAUCCAGCCAAAGCUUCUCAUCGGUCUAGACAAUCUACACCUCGGUGUGCCGCUCAAAGUGCGGCAAGGCCAGCCUGGAGAACCCAUCGCAGCGAAAUGUAGACUCGGAUGGGGUAUAUACGGAUGCGUAGCGAACGCAACUAACGCUCUCGUCAAUUUCCAUAUCGCUGCAGUCACAGAUCCCGAUCGUUUGUUGAACGAACAACUGCGAGACUAUUUCACUCUAGACACCAUGGCAACUGUCAAUCCAGUUCAAAACAUAGAGUCUGAGGAAGAUCAGCGAGCGAGACGGCUGCUAAAGGAUACUACACGGCGAACCGGUUCCGGAUUUGAGACAGGACUUUUGUGGAAGACGGAUAAUUUUAAUUUCCCAGAUAGCUACCCGAUGGCCAAACGCCGUUUACAGUCUUUGGAAAAAAGGCUGGAGAAACAUCCACAACUAAAAGAAUGCGUUCGAGAGAUGAUAGCGGAAUAUGAGAAAAAGGGGUACGCUCAUAAGGCUAGCGAUGUGGAGCUGACGACAACCGAUUCGAAGCGCGUUUGGUAUUUGCCACUGGGUGUCGUUAUUAAUCCCAAAAAGCCUGGUAAAGUAAGGUUGAUAUGGGAUGCCGCAGCGAAGAUCAACGACGUGUCACUCAACUCACAACUUCUCAAAGGACCAGACUUGCUGACCCCUCUGCCUACUGUCCUGAGUCAGUUCCGUCAGUUUCCAAUAGCCGUAUGUGGAGACAUCAAGGAGAUGUUCCACCAGAUAAAAAUACGGGAGCAAGAUCGCCAAUCGCAACGGUUUCUCUGGCGUGAUAAUCCAACUGAUCGUCCGCAGAUCUACGUAAUGGACGUUGCAACUUUUGGGUCAACAUGCUCUCCCGCGUCAGCCCAAUACGUGAAAAAUAUCAACGCGGCAGAGUUUGCUUGUCAGUAUCCUCGUGCCUCGGAAGCUAUACAGAAAAGGCACUAUGUUGACGACUAUUUAGAUAGCUUUCAAACUAUCCAGGAGGCCACAGAAGUAAUUGAAGAAGUUAAAACAGUACACUCCAGAGGCGGGUUUGAACUAAGAAACUUCCGAUCAAACUCAAUUGACGUGUUGCGCGGUAUUGGAGAAACACCAGCCGAAGGAUCUAAAUACCUACUGUUGGAGAGAAACGAAUCAGCAGAAUCAGUCCUCGGCAUGCGUUGGAUACCGAAGGAUGAUGCGUUCACAUACACGUUCGCGCUUCGCGGUGACCUACAACCAAUCCUAGCAGACGGCCACACUCCCACCAAGCGUGAGGUGCUUAAGAUACUCAUGAGUUUAUUCGAUCCGCUAGGCUUUAUCGGUUUCUUCCUUAUACAUGGAAAAAUACUAAUGCAGGAUAUAUGGGCUUCAGGAUCCGAUUGGGAUGAUCAGAUAAACGCUGACCUCUAUCAGCGCUGGAAAAGAUGGACAGAUCUCUUCCCACAGCUAGACAGCAUUCGUAUUCCACGUUGCUAUUUCCGACCUCCGUUCCCGAAAGACAUCCAUCAUCUUCAGGUCCAUGUAUUUGUUGACGCUAGCGAGGCAGCGUAUUCUUGCGUGGCCUACUUUCGCCUACCCACGGAAACAGGAAUUGAAGUAUCGUUAAUCGGUGCCAAAUCCAAAGUUGCACCCCUGAAGCCACUUACUGUUCCCAAACUCGAAUUGAAAGCAGCAGUUCUUGGAGUCCGUUAUUUGGAGUCGAUACAGAACUAUCAUACUUUCGAAAUCAAGCAAAGGUAUUUGUGGACAGAUUCUACCACCGUUCUGGCAUGGAUUACGUCAGAUCACCGUCGAUACAACAAGUUUGUCGCUUUCCGUGUCGGCGAAAUACUAUCGUCGACUGAUCAGAAGGAAUGGAGGUGGCUCCCCUCUAAGUUAAAUGCGGCCGACGAAGCCACCAAAUGGAACAGUGGUCCAAAUCUGCAAUCCGAUGGUGUUUGGUUCACAGGGCAAAGCUUCUUACGUAAACCGGAAAGCAUGUGGCCCGAACCAAAGCCUGCCUCAACCACACGAGAGGAAUCACUUAAUAUUCACCAUCAGAACAGCCCAACACCGUUGGUUAGCGUCGCUCGCUUCAGUCAGUGGUCCCGAUUGCAGCGAACAAUGGCAUUUGUACUCCGGUUCUUGAGCAAUCUUCAUCGCAAAAAACACGAUUUGGAGCUGCAACUGGGUAUUCUCCAACAGGACGAGCUCAAGUCAGCCGAAGAAUUGUUAUGGAAACUCGCUCAAGCGGAGACAUAUCCUGAAGAAAUCGCUCUACUGAAGCCCACUCAAGGCGAUCCCGGGGCAGAACAUGCGAUCGUAGCCAAAUCCAGCCCUCUCUACAAAACUUGGCCGUUCCUCGAUAGACAUGGAGUUCUCCGAAUGCGCAGUCGAGGUGGUGCUGCCGCAUUCGCACCGUUCGAAGCUAAGUAUCCGGCUAUCCUCCCAAAGCAACAUCCAACUACUUUUCUUAUUACAGACUGGUACCAUCGCCGCUUUCGCCACGCCAACCGUGAGACAAUCGUCAACGAGAUGCGCCAACGCUUUGAAAUUGCCAGACUACGAGUACUAAUACAUAAAGUAACCAACAACUGCUGUUGGUGCCAGGUGGCUAGAACAAUUCCAAGAGUACCUGCAAUGGCCCCCCUUCCUCAAUUUCGAGUAACACCGUGUAUACGGCCAUUCACCUUCGUCGGAUUGGACUACUUUGGACCGGUACUCGUGCGGGUUGGUAGAAGCCAGGUGAAGCGAUGGAUCGCACUGUUUACCUGUCUUACAAUAAGAGCUGUUCAUAUGGAAGUGGUGCAUAGCUUGUCCACGGAAUCCUGUAUAAUGGCAGUCCGACGCUUUGUGGCCCGCCGAGGACCACCGGCAGAGUUUCACACCGACAAUGCUACAUGCUUCCAAGGUGCCAGUAGAGAACUGCAAGAUGAAAUUGCCUCAAGAAACAACGCGCUAGCAUUGACAUUCACGAGUGCACAAACGCGAUGGAAAUUCAUUCCUCCCGCAACCCCUCAUAUGGGUGGCGCUUGGGAGCGACUCGUUCGUUCGGUUAAGGUGGCAAUAGGUUCGAUCCUGGAUGCGCCUCGAAAGCCAGAUGAUGAAACACUUGAGACUAUAAUUUACGAGGCAGAGGCCAUGGUGAACUGUCGACCCCUCACGUACAUUCCCCUACAAUCAGCGAAUCAGGAGGCAUUAACACCCAAUCACUUUAUUUUGGGAAGCUCUACCGGCGUCAAAAUCCUCCCAACUGAACCCGUAACUAGUGCUGCUACACUCCGGAGCAGCUGGAAACUGGCACAGUUCAUAACAAACGAGUUUUGGAAGAGAUGGGUGAAAGAAUACCUCCCGGUUAUCACUCGAAGAUGCAAGUGGUUUGAAAACACAAAGGAUCUACAAGUUGGAGACUUGGUACUGGUGGUUGGCGGAGCGGCGAGGAACCAGUGGAUUCGUGGAAAGAUCGAGGAAGUAAUAUGCGGACGAGAUGGAAGGGUUCGACAAGCCCUCGUGAAGACUACGACAGGAAUCGUACGAAGAUCAGCAGUUCAAUUGGCGGUGUUGGAUGUCGCGAAUUGUAGUAAACCUGGUAACGAACUUUCAAACGCACAGGAUGUGCAGCAACACCAAGGUUUACGGGCGGGGGAGUGUUGCGACUGAAAUCCCUAUUAUGGCAAUGUCAACAUCCACUCGGCGCAACUCUCAAUCGACCACGAAAAGAGGGAAGAAAUGUCAUCAAUGUCAUGUAGACGGGAAGAGAUAGAUCAGAAAAAUGUGCUCGCUGCUGAAGUGAACGUGUCGGUAAAAUUUAUUUUGGAUUUCCUUCAAAUUAGUAUUGAUAUAUCUUAAAAACUAAAUUUAACAAUUAAACAUCGGAGCAGUUAGAGUAAGUACUAUUUAGAAGAUGAAAAUGAUGAAUUAAAUCUAGCAUAGAAUUAUUAACUAAGUUAAAUCUAACCUAACCUAAAAUGGAAUUCCAGAACCCGGAAUAUUGCGAGUUAGCUAGACUGGAAUCGUCUGAUAGGAGUUUAUUCAAUCUACGGGUUGAUCACCAAUAUUCUUGAAGCUAACCGAUAUAAAACAGUGUUUGCUGUCAAGAAUUGGCCAGUAACUUACGCC